UCACGGAUUUGAUCCAUGUUUCUCAUCUGCCGUUGAGCUUGGGAACGAACCUCUUACUCUCUAUUUCCCAUUGUCUGAGCCAUUUUCGCUCUACUUUCUUUCUACCUGGUGAACAGGUGUUCAAGUGGUUGCGUCUUCGAAAAUGGAGGACUACAAACAGUAUCUGGCUCAGAAGAUUCUGACCGAGGAUCAGGUCGUCACAUAUCGGUUGCUAAGCCGGGCUCUAAAGGUUCAUGUGAAUGCGGCAAAAGAAAUGCUAUAUGACUUCCACAAGCGGCAGAACGAUAAACGACCUGACUCGUUGCAUGCGACUUAUAUAAUCUAUGGCACCAAGAGUCGCCCGGUAUCCCAAGACGAAGAUGUCGAGAUGACCGACUCUCAGGCGUCUGAAGCCGCGGACGCACCGUAUUCUGAUCUAGUACCCACCUUCACCCUCUCCUUGGUGAGACAGGAACAGCUUCAAGAGACAUUGUCACAGUACACUGAGGUUACUUCUCUUCACAUCUAUAGCCUAGCGCCACAUCCACUAAAGGACCUACAACUCCUUACCGAUGUGACGCGACAAGUCCAAGAAACUUCUAUAGCGGAUGGUAUCCCCAAUCCUAGCAAGGUGUAUGGCACCAUAGCCAACAAGAACGUGCGUAAGAGGAAGCGCCAAGGCAAGCCAAUCCCGGCAGCAAGCAAGCCCAAGCCUGAAGUCGAACAAAAAGCGCCUGUCAAGCAGGAAGCAAAGCCCACGCCAGCUGCAGCUGCAAAGGAAGAGCCCAAGGAAGUUGCUAAAUCUGCUACUGCGUCUACUACCGCAAAGAAGCCCACGCCCGCGGCCUCCUUGAAACGUCAAGGAUCUUCGGGUAUCGGGCAGAUGUUUGCUAAAGCAGCCGCCAAACCUAAGAAACCAGCACCACCAAAAGUUGCUGCUGAGGACAACCAAGCUACAGGGGCCCUGUCAGACGAUGGAGAAGAUGACGCAGAGCCCAUGUCAGGCGUCAAGAGCGAAGACAACAAAGAAAGCAGCAGUGCUCGACAGGCGCGUAAAGACCGCCAGGCCGAACUCCAGCGCAUGAUGGAAGAAAGCGACGAAGAAGAAGAAGAAGAAGCCGAAGCCGAAGCCGAAAAGGAGGACCCGAUGGACGAAGAACCACCACCACCUGAACCAGAAACUGAGACAAAGACAGAAGAACAGGAACCGGCCGAAGUAGUCUCGAGCACGACUGGUGGCCGCCGGCGGGGACGGCGCCGCGUCAUGCGCAAGAAGCAGAUCUUGGACGAGAAGGGGUAUCUCGUCACCAUGCAGGAGGCGGGCUGGGAGUCCUUCUCCGAAGACGAAGCGCCACCGCCACCCCCUAAGGCCAAGCCACAAGAGCAGAAGAGCGUCAAGGCGGAACCGUCUACGACGACAAAGUCGAAGAAGGGCGGCGCUGCUGGGAAAGGGGGCCAGGGGAAUAUUAUGUCUUUUUUCUCGAAGAAGUGAGACGGUGAAUGGUGCUACGCGAGAAGGGAGAGCGAGUGAUUGUAAGGGCGUGUGGAUGUGUAUUCAAAGCGUUGUGUUGAUAUGUCAUUACACAACAGUACUGAUGCAUUUGAGAUAUUCAGAAGAACAAAUUGCCAGGCUUGUGCUCGAAUAAUUGGUGCUAUAACCUUGAAAAUAUCAUUCAUGUAUCACGAUUCAUGGAAGCAAGUAAAUAAGAACCCGAGCAGGGAGAGAAGAUCCUGUCCAAAUAUAUAGAUGUAUUCUCUCCGACAUAUUCGAAUUCAAUACCACGGAGUAGACGUGAUAACAUAUUAAUAUCCGCAUCAUCGCUAAAUGACAUCCAGCAUCCCUUCACCUAG